AUGGAAACAGAGACACAUCGUUUGAACAAUCGUAAUAUGAAGAGAUUCAGACAUACCCAUGUCAAUGCCAAUCUCAGAUGCCAUCCCAAACUCUGCAGACUCUUCCUUCGAACCAAACACUGCCCCUAUGGACGCUCUUGUCGUUAUCUUCAUCUUCAUAUUCCUGUUCCCAUUUCCACUUCCAAUGCUCCACAACACACCACACUGCAAACUCCUACAAACUCCUCAACUACCCCUUUGCAUAAUGCUUUUGCUGUGAAGCGCUUUUUCAACAAAAAUGAACUGCAGAGGAACAGUCGCAUUUAUGCUGAUUGGAUCAACAGUUUCUCUUAA